GUUUCAGAUUUCUCUCUCUUCCUCUACCACCUCCGCCGCUGCUCGUCGUCACCGACCUCCAAAUCCGAACCAAAAUUCUCUCGCCAUUGCGGGGAUUGGAGCUCCAAGGGAUAAGCUCUGCCUGCCCUAGGCGCCGCAUGCCUCUCCUCCUCUUCCCCAUCUCCCCUCCCUGCGUGCCCCCGCCGCGGCCCCGCCUACGCCGCCUCUCCCCGCCGCCGCCCAUGGCGGCCGUCGCGCCGCCGUCGCUGAGCACGCCCGUGACCAUACUCCCCUCCGUGUCUGUCGCCUUGCCCCCGCUUCCACCCCCUGCUACUGAUGACUUCCACUGGCUCGACCUCUUCGCGUUCCUCAACUCCCCCGCGGAUUCCUACCAGAUUCCUGUGGAGGAGCAGGAGGUGGAGGUGGAGGUGGAGGUGGAGGUGGGGGUGGAGAGGGAGAGGGAGAGGGAGAGGGAGAGGGAGAGGGAGAGGGAGCGGGCGAGGAAGGCGGAGCACCGGCGGCUGCGGCAGCGGCAGGUGAAGGCGGAGACGGAGGCGUGGGCGCGGGCCGCCGACGAGUACCGGGAGCUCGAGCGGGAGAUGCUCGACCGGAGGCUCGCGCCCGCGCUGCCCUACGUCAAGUCGCUCUUCCUCGGCUGGUUCGAGCCGCUGCGCGACGCCAUCGCCCGGGACCAGGAGGUGCAGCGGCGGAAGCGGGUCAAGCACGUCUACGCCAAGUACCUGCUCCUGCUGCCCGCGGACAAGGUGGCCGUCAUCGUCAUGCACAAGAUGAUGGGCCUCCUCAUGUCGAGCAAGGAUGGCGUCGCCAGCGUCCGUGUUGUCCAGGCCGCGCACUGCAUCGGCGAGGCUGUUGAACGUGAGUUCAAAGUCCAGACAUUCUUUCAAAAGACAAGGAAGAAAAGUGCAGGUGAAAAUGAUUUGGCAUUAGAGAAGGAGCAGGCCAAAUGCCGAAAACGUGUUAAGAGUUUGGUUAGGAGGAGAAAGUUGACUGAAGCACAGAAGAUUGUGCAACAGGAGAUUGAAUUGGAAGAAUGGGGCACAGAAUCCCAAGUGAAGUUAGGGACCCGCUUGAUUGAGUUGUUACUGGAUUCAGCUUUUGUACAGUCACCAGCUGACCAAACACCAGAGAGUUCUCCAGAUAUUCGACCAGCAUUUAAACACGUACUUCGACAACCUAUAGUAGAAAAUGGGAGACUGAAGAAAAAGCACUGGGUGAUAGAGUGUGACCCUCUUGUGCAUGAGGGGUUUGAAAGCACUGCUAGGCACGUGGAGAUACCCUAUCUUCCUAUGCUUGUGACUCCUAAAAAAUGGAAGGGCUAUGAUACAGGUGGGUACCUUUUUCUUCCCUCAUAUAUUAUGCGGACACAUGGCGUGAAAGAUCAAAAGGAAGCCAUUAAGAGUGUUCCGAGAAAACAGCUACGGAAAGUAUUUGAGGCAUUAGAUACCCUUGGGAGUACUAAAUGGAGGGUGAAUAGAAGAGUACAUAAUGCUGUUGAAACUAUUUGGAGUCGAGGUGGGGGCAUUGCAGGACUGGUUGAUAAGGAAAAUAUUCCUCUACCUGAACGACCAGAAACGGAGGAUCCAGAUGAAAUACAGAAAUGGAAGUGGAGCUUAAAGAAGGCAAAGAAAGCUAAUCGUGAACUGCAUGCUGAGCGAUGCGAUACAGAGCUUAAACUAUCUGUUGCUCGGAAAAUGAGAGAGGAGGAUGGAUUUUAUUAUCCCCAUAAUCUUGAUUUUCGUGGCCGUGCAUACCCUAUGCAUGCACAUCUAAGCCACCUAGGUUCAGAUCUAUGCAGAGGUGUUCUAGAGUAUGCUGAAGGGCGGCCACUAGGAAAGUCUGGCUUACGCUGGUUAAAGAUUCAUUUGGCUAACAAAUAUGGUGGAGGAAUUGAAAAGCUUUCUCAUGAGGACAAGGUAGCAUUUGUGGAGAACCAGUUGCCUGAUAUAUUUGAUUCAGCAACUAAUCCUGUUGACGGGAAUUGCUGGUGGAUGAAUGCUGAGGAUCCUUUUCAAUGUUUAGCCGCAUGCAUGGAUCUUUCUGAUGCCUUAAAAAGUUCAUCACCUCAGUGUGCUGUUUCUCACCUACCUAUUCAUCAGGAUGGUUCAUGCAAUGGUUUACAACACUAUGCUGCUCUUGGAAGAGACUAUAUGGGUGCAGCUGCUGUCAAUUUAGUUCCUGGAGACAAACCUGCAGAUAUCUACUCAGAGAUUGCUGCUAGGGUGCUGGAUGUUGUUCGGGAAGACUCGAUGGAGGAUCCUGCAACUAAUCCAACUGCCUCAUUAGCAAGGGUUUUAGUCGAUCAGGUGGAUAGGAAGCUUGUUAAGCAGACAGUGAUGACAUCAGUUUACGGUGUCACAUAUAUUGGUGCUCGUCAACAGAUAACAAAAAGACUACAAGAGAAAGGGCUCAUUACAGAUGACAAAUUGUUGUAUGAAGUGUCCUGCUAUGCUACCAGGGUAACUUUGGAUGCAUUAGGACAAAUGUUCCAGUCUGCCCGUGGUAUAAUGGCAUGGCUUGGUGAUUGUGCAAAGAUGAUUGCUUCAGAAAACCACCCUGUCAAAUGGACGAGCCCCGUUGGUCUUCCGGUUGUUCAGCCCUACAAGAAAUAUAAGAACUACAUGAUUCGAACUUCACUGCAAUGUCUGGCUUUACGACGGGAGGGAGAUGCAAUUGCACUCCAGCGGCAAAAGGCAGCUUUUCCCCCAAAUUUUGUGCACUCUCUUGAUAGUUCACACAUGAUGAUGACUGCUAUUGCAUGCAAAAAGGCUGGUCUUCAUUUUGCAGGGGUGCAUGACUCGUUUUGGGUGCAUGCAUGUGAUGUUGAUAAAAUGAAUCAGAUACUGAGAGAACAAUUUGUGGAGCUUUACAGCAUGCCAAUUCUUGAAAAUUUGCUCAAGGAGUUCCAGACAUCAUUCCCAACACUAGAAUUUCCUCCCUGUCCUUCACAAGGGGACUUCGAUGUGAGAGAAGUUCUUGCUUCAACCUACUUCUUCAACUAAGCUUAAUGGAAAAGUUUUGCACAUUAGCACAUACGCAGCAAGUCAGUAAGUUCGGCAGUAGCUGAAUAGCCAGCCAUAUUGCUGAUACCAUGGUGAUUUGGUGCCAAGUACGAAAUGUGGCAUAAGCAUCAGAGAAGAGCAACACACCGUUGCAACUGCUGGGAGCCUGGAACAGUAUAUGGGUUUUUGUCAUUGGCAAAUCAGUUCCCCAGAUUGCCGAUUUUGGAGGAAGCUAAAAAGUUCCAAGAAACCUGAGCUGAAACAAAACCCAGUACUUCCUGCUGAUGUUUUUAGAUUCAUGCAGGAUCUACUAGGAUUUCAGUUCAGGGAAUUCACCAUGCUACACCCAGCCAAUGAAGGCGAUUUUGCGACAUAACAGGUUAUCAACUACAGAAUACUGAUCGAUACUAGUCCUGCUGACCACCCUGACCAAUUUGAUCAUAGGCGACAGUUGAACCAUAAUUUCACUGUCUAUACAUGUAACAUUAUCUUUUGGCCUCUUAGGGCUAUAAUUAUAGCCGAUUGCUGUAUCGGUGCGGUGACCUGGUAAUAAUGUGUAGAAUAAAGUGCCAAAGAGAAAUGUAUACUAGUGUACAUGAUUGCUGGAUGCUGUUGAUAGCAAGCAACCUGAAAGAGAGAAAUGUACAUGAAAACGGCUCGAUCUUGUCGAUUCGUUCAAAUAUCUGCUUCCUUAGGUUCAUUGCCAAAA